GUGUGGCUUUUCAUUAUCAUGAAGGGUUGCUCUAAUCCUUCCAAAGGACACUAUAUAAAGUUCAUACCAAUUUGAUCAGUUUGAGCAAAAAGAACAAACGGAUUUUAUAGGAUUUUCAAGAAAGUGUUCGAUUUAAAAGCAUUUGAAAGUCGAUUAAAUUAGCAUCAUGAACGAUCACUUGAACGCGACUGCCCAACAUAAAGAUGGAGAAAAUUGUGGAAGCAUGGGAGGAGAAAGUUUUACAGAAGAACAAGAAGCUUUGGUGGUGAAGUCAUGGAAUGUAAUGAAGAAAAAUGCUGGGGAAUGGGGUCUCAAAUUCUUUAUCAAGAUAUUUGAGAUUGCACCAUCAGCCCAGAAACUAUUCUCAUUUUUGAAGGACUCAAAUGUUCCACUUGAGCAGAACCCCAAACUCAAACCCCAUGCCAAGUCUGUCUUCGUCAUGACAUGUGAAGCUGCAGUACAACUGAGGAAAGCUGGAAAAGUUGUGAUAAGAGAUUCAAGUCUGAAAAAAAUAGGUGGUGUGCACUUCAAAUAUGGAGUGGUGGAUGAACAUUUUGAGGUUACUAAAUAUGCACUGUUGGAGACAAUAAAGGAAGCAGCAGGAGAAAUGUGGUCAGCAGAAAUGAAGAAUGCUUGGAGUGUGGCCUAUGAUCAAUUGGUUGCUGCAAUCAAGACUGAAAUGAAACCCUAAAUUCCUCUCUAAAUAAUUCGAAUAGAUAACCCCUUUUUAUAAGGUAUUACUUUUGGGUGUUCAUUAUCAAUUAAUAAUAAAUGCUCUUUCAUGUACAAUUAAAUAAUAAAUACUAUUUUUAAAGCCUAA